GUAAUCUUAAGACUGAAUCACGUGUUUGACCCACAUUUACAUAAAUCUCAUUAACAUAAAAAUAAUUUGUAACGAAUUUUUGGCGUAAUGUCUGUAUAAAUAGGUAGCACCGUAAGCCCAGUAUUCACAGUGUAGUGUCUGCAGUCGGCUAUUUAAGCUUUUAAAUUGUUGUUCAAUAUUUUUGAGCUACUAUGAAGAGUUUGGAUGCAGGGCAAGAAAUCUGUACUGUUGCAGCUUCAAUUCCAGACAACGCUUUCAAUGUGUGGGAUGAUGAUUUUGUCCAAUCCAUGCAAACACCAUACGGGGAACCUGAAUACCGUCAACGUGCUGAAACACUGGUUAAAGAAGUCAAAAUGUUGUUAAGAGAAAUGCAAACUGGAGAUCAUGUCGAUCUACUCGAAGGGCUUGAGAUGAUUGAUGCAUUGCAGUGCCUGGGAAUAGAUCGAUAUUUUGACACUCAAAUAAAACUCACUCUCGACUCUGCUUUCCGAUCUUGGGAUACAAGUUUCGGCAUAAGAUUAGGAAGCGAAAGUGUUAGCUGCAGGAAUUUGAAUGCUACAGCUUUAGGACUCAGACUACUACGUCUCCAUCGUUAUGAUGUAUCUGCAGAUGUGCUGGAGAGUUUCAAGGACGAAAAUGGGCACUUCACCUUUAGCAAUGAUAAGGAUGAAUGUGCGAUGAGAGGCAUGCUCAACCUUUUAAGAGCUUCAAGCGUGGCAUUUCCGGGAGAGACAGUUAUGGAAGAGGCUAAAAUGUUUAGUUCUGCUUGCCUUAAGACCCUAUCACAAAGAUCUGGAGAUACAUAUAACACAAGUUUUCUAAAAGAGGUGGAGUAUGCCCUUGUAUAUGAAUGGUCUCGUACUUUUACCAGAUGGGAGGCACGAAACUUCAUAGAAAUAUAUGAGUUAGAUGAUCUGAGGUUGAAGGACAAGAAAAUUUUAGAGCUCGCCAAACUGGAUUUUAAUAUAUUGCAGUAUAUGUACAAGAUGGAGAUGAAGAAUCUCUCCAGGUGGUGGGUCAAUUCUGGCGUCUCCAAGCUUAUUGCAAUGAGAGAGAGGUCAAUCGAAUAUUUCUUGUGGGGAGUUAGUGCAGCAGACACAAUGGAGUUUUCUAGCAUUAGAAUUGCUAUAGCCAAACUCUCAACUCUUGCAACAAUUAUGGAUGACCUUUUCGAUGACUAUGCAACACUUGAUCAAGUUAAACUUAUCAAGCAGGCCAUCGUUCAAGGUUGGGAUGUCUCGGUUGUGAAAAAUAUACCGCAAAAUUUCAAGAUGUGCAUCGAAUUUGUUUUCAAAACUAUGAAAGAACUGAUAAAUGAAGCUACCAAAAAACAGGGACGAGACAUGAUGCCUUUUAUUACAAAAGCAUGGGAAGAUUAUAUUGAAGCUAACAUGGAGCAUGCACGAUGGAAAUCAAGUGGACAUGUUCCAACCUAUAAUGAGUACAUAAGUACUGCUACAACAAGUGCAGCCAUUGGACCAAUAUUGUUGCAUCCUAUACUAUUAGCAGGACCUGCUUUAAGUGACAAUGUUAUUGAGAAGAUGUUCCUUAACAAAUCCAGAUUCUAUGAGCUCAUAUGGAUGUGUAUACGACUAAUUGAUGAUACACGAGAUUUUGAGGAUGAUAGACGCCAUGGAGAGAUUGCCUCUGCCAUUUCUUCUUACAUGAGGGACCAUCCUGAAUGUUCAGAAGUACAGGCACUAAAUUACAUCACCAAUCUUGUUGAAGAAUUGCUAAAAGAGUUGAGAUGGAUAUAUUUGAAUCCAGAUAAUUCUUUGCUCGAUUGGGAGAAGAUAUGCUUCGACUUUAACAGAGGGUUACAGUUUCUUUAUAUAUUUGGAGAUGGCAUCACCUAUUCUCAUAAGGAGGUCAAGCAUCAAGUAUUUAAAGUUUUUGUUGAUCCAGUAGUGAUGUAGAAAUAGAAAGAGUUGAGAUGAAAUUUCUACUUUGAUCUACAUUUUAAGUUAUAAGUGGCAAUACUAGUUUCUAUAGUGACAUUUUUUGCUAUUA